AGGCAGCGCCUACUCUUAAUACCAAACCUCAGAGCGAGUCAGGCCUCACUGGGCGGACUCUCCAACGCCCACCAAACUUAUUGACCCUCUCUUUCUCUCCCUCUAUUUCUGUACCCAAAUUGACAAAAACAAUUAAAAGCUCUGUUCUUUUUGGAUCUUAAAGAGAAACCAAAAAAAAUGCAGAGCGCAGCCUUCACUCUCUCGUCCCCUUCAUGUCCAUCUCUACCCCUACUCAAGCCUCGUAGCAGCAGGCCUCUCAUUAACCCUAGAUUCGAUCCUAUUAGUAUUCGCGCUUCUUCCUCUUCUUCAUUAAAACGGCAGGAUCUUGAUACCCCUCAUAACAAUGUCGUUUUCCCUCGCCGAUCCUGGUCUUUGUCUUCUGCCUCCUCUUCUCCCUCUCUCCUCAGGCCUUGGAAUCCGCUUGUCUCCGACCGUGAAACGGAGCGUUUUCAGGUUAAGGCGACUGCUGUACCGGAAAGUGCGGGUGAGAGUGAGAAGUCUAGUAGCAUGAUUAAAACUCUCGAGCUCGGAUUAUUGUUUGGCCUUUGGUAUCUUUUUAAUAUUUACUUCAACAUUUACAACAAACAGGUUCUGAAGGUUUUCCCAAAUCCAGUAACUAUCACUUUAGCACAGUUUGCUGUUGGGACAGUGCUUGUUACUCUUAUGUGGACUUUCAAUCUUUACAAAAGGCCAAAAAUUACUCUUGCUCAGCUUGCUGCAAUCCUGCCAUUGGCAUUUGUUCACACUCUAGGCAAUCUUUUCACUAAUAUGAGUCUUGGUAAAGUGGCUGUUUCAUUUACUCACACAAUCAAAGCCAUGGAACCUUUCUUCUCAGUAAUUCUGUCCGCUAUGUUUCUCGGUGAGAUGCCUACUAUAUGGGUGGUUGGUUCCCUUGUACCAAUUAUGGGCGGUGUAGCACUUGCAUCAGCCACUGAGGCCUCUUUCAACUGGGCUGGGUUUUGGAGUGCAAUGGCUUCCAAUUUGACCAACCAAUCUCGUAAUGUCCUAAGCAAAAAGGUCAUGGUUAAGAAAGAGGAUUCCAUAGACAACAUUACUUUGUUCUCAAUAAUAACAAUUAUGUCCUUUUUCUUGUUAACCCCUGUGGCUCUCAUCAUGGAGGGUGUAAAGUUUACUCCUGCAUACCUCCAGUCUGCUGGAUUGAAUGUUAAAGAGGUGUAUAUUAGGUCUCUUCUUGCUGCACUCUGCUUCCAUGCCUAUCAGCAGGUUUCAUACAUGAUAUUGCAGAGGGUAUCCCCUGUUACCCACUCUGUGGGCAAUUGUGUGAAGCGUGUGGUGGUCAUUGUGAGCUCUGUCCUCUUCUUCCGGACACCUGUCUCGCCUAUAAAUUCUCUCGGCACGGGGAUCGCCCUUGCUGGAGUUUUUCUGUAUUCAAGAGUGAAGCGCAUUAAGCCAAAGCCAAAGACAGCUUGAAGUUAUUCGGAGAAAUUUUGCUUUUAAAUUGGAUUAUUAGAUGAUAAUAGCAUUGAGAACUUGUUUGUAGGUCAAGCCAGGAACUCGAACAUGUAACCUUUUUUUUUUUCUUUCUUCUUUUUGGGGUUUUAUACUCUUUGGUUUGUCCAUUUACUCCACUGGGAUGAUUUGAUCUGUAGUGGCCCCUGGCUAAAAAAAAUUUAUCCAUUGCAAAUGUGGUGAUGAGAAAAUUCUGUUAAAGGGAAAAAAAUAAUGUUUAUCGUUCCACGAA